AUGACACGUAAUUACCCUUCCCACACAACGUGCCGACUAAAACCUGCACCAGGAACUACAGCUCUUCAAAAAUUCCUAGAGGCGCAUCCCAACUUGGUCAGCACGGUGGAGAACGCGGUACACUUCGAGGAGGUUCAGUUCUUCAGUGGCUCUAACUACCUUAAUGGAUUAGAAUGGUACCAAAACCAGUUUCCUGAACCAGAAAGCAAGGAUGUGAUGCUGUUUGAGAAGAGCGCUAACUACUUCGACAACGAAAUCACUCCAAAGAGAAUCCACGCGCUCGUCCCAAAGGUGAAAAUUAUCAUCAUUUUGGCAGAUCCCAUCCGACGUGCGUAUUCUUGGUACCAGAACAUGCGUUACCACAAUGACCCCGUGACCCGGAACUACACGUUCUUUGAGAUCGUCACGGCACCGGACACCGCGCCCAAAUUUCUCCGGGACACCAGAAACAAAUGCCUCAAAUCUGGAGCCUACGCCAUCCACCUGGCCAGGUGGUUACAGGUGUUUCCUAGAAGCCAGAUUUAUCUGGUCGACGGUGAUCAGUUGUCCAAAACCCCAAUUACAGUUUUGAACCAAAUCCAGAAGUUCUUGAACGUGCAGCCUUUUGAAGACUUCAGUACCAAGCUUAG